GCAGACUCUGCAUUUUGCAUUCAGGCGGCAGUCCUCAAAGGCUGGCAUAGAUCACAUGAGGCUCGGUGCAGGCAGGGCAGUUUUUCUCUCUCUCUUCUUUUUUUUUGCGGGAUGGUGUGAGACAUCCCGUUUUCUCCACAUGCAGAUUAUCUUCUACGAGAACAGGGAGUUCUCUGGGCGCCAUUUUGAGUGCUCCAAAGACUGUGCAGAUUUGCUGAGGAGUCUGAGCCGGUGCGGCUCCAUCAGGGUGGAGAGUGGCUGCUUCAUGAUUUACGAAAAAGCCAACUACACUGGGAACCAGUACUACGUGAGCAAAGGAGAGUAUCCUGACUUCCAUCACUGGACGGGUGUCAGCGACUCUGUCGGCUCUUGUCGCCACAUCCACACGGAGCCUGGGUCAUUCAAUAUGUGCUUGUAUGAGAGGAUUGAGUUUGGUGGCCAGAUGAUGGACCUGAUGGACGACUGUCCCAGCCUAGUGGACCGCUUCAACAUUCACAAUAUCUUCUCUUGCAAUGUUAGAAAGGGGAACUGGCUCUUCUACGAGCGCCCUCACUACCGAGGCAAGAUGUACCUGAUUCGACCCGGAGAGUAUAAAAGGUUCAGUGAGUGGGGCGGCAGGAGUGCCAGGGUUGGCUCCAUCAGACGCAUUAUAGACUAUUGAUCUACUCUGGGGGAAUAUCAGUAGCACUGAAGACUGUUUAUUUUGUCGUAUUUAUAUUCAUUUUAACCUUAAUUUCCUGAAAAAAACUUUACUAGUGUAAUGCAGAACAUUGUCUGUUUGAAUUGAGAAAAACUUCAACAAAAGCAACAAACAAAUAACAAUAAAUCUUUUCACUUCAUCAUCAUCAUACAUGCUCUCACUUCUAAUAAAGCAGUUUCAAAAAGGA